AUGUCGAGGCGCAAGCAGGCGAAACCCCAGCACAUCAACUCGGAGGAGGACCAGGGCGAGCAGCAGCCGCAGCAGCCGACCCCGGAGUUUGCAGAUGCGGCCCCAGCGGCGCUGGCGGCGGGGGAGCCGGGUGCUCCAAUGAACCCCCUGGGGAAUGGCAGUGAAGCAAGCGGGGAUGAAGUGGCAGUAAAGAGGCUUCGUCAGGAGGAGACUCACAUCUGUGAGAAAUGCUGUGCAGAGUUCUUCAGCAUCUCUGAGUUCUUAGAACAUAAGAAAAAUUGCACUAAAAAUCCACCUGUCCUCAUCAUGAAUGACAGCGAGGGGCCAGUGCCUUCGGAAGACUUCUCUGGAGCUGUACUGAGCCACCGGCCACCCAGUCCGAGCAGUAAGGACAGUCACAGGGAGAAUGGUGGCAGCUCAGGGGACAUGAAGGAGAAGCCGGGUGUGGAGUCUGUCAUGUACUUAAAGACAGAGACCGCCCCACCACCCACAGCCCAGGACAUAAGCUAUUUACCCAAAAGCAAAGUGGCCAACACUAAUGUGACUCUUCAGGCACUACGGGGCACCAAGGUGGCGGUGAAUCAGCGGAGCAGUGAUGCGCUACCGGCCCCUGUGCCUGGUGCCAACAGUAUCCCGUGGGUCCUGGAGCAGAUCCUGUGUCUGCAGCAGCAGCAGCUACAACAGAUCCAGCUCACUGAACAGAUCCGCAUCCAGGUGAACAUGUGGGCCUCCCAUGCCCUCCAUUCUGGUGUGUCCAGCGUGGCAGGGGCCGAGACCCUGAAGACCUUAGGCAGCCACAUGUCCCAGCAGGUUUCUGCGGCUGUGGCUUUGCUCAGCCAGAAGGCUGGAAGCCAAGGUCUGUCUCUGGAUGCCUUGAAACAAGCCAAGCUACCUCACACUAGCAUCCCUUCCACUGCUAGCUCUUUGUCUCCAGGGCUGUCACCCUUUGCCCUGAAGCCAGAUGGGGGAAGGGUGCUGCCCCCGAACGUCAUGUCUCGCUUCCCGAGUGCUUUGCUCCCUCAGGCCCCAGGCUCCGUGCUCUUCCAGAGCCCUUUCUCCACUGUGGCGUUAGAUCCAUCCAAGAAAGGGAAAGGGAAGCCACCAAACGUCUCCGCGGUGGAUGUCAAACCCAAAGACGAGGCCAUCCUCUACAAGCACAAGUGUAAGUACUGUAGCAAGGUAUUCGGGACUGAUAGCUCCUUGCAGAUCCACCUCCGCUCCCACACUGGAGAGAGACCCUUCGUGUGCUCUGUCUGUGGUCAUCGCUUCACCACCAAGGGCAACCUCAAGGUGCACUUUCACCGACAUCCCCAGGUGAAGGCAAACCCCCAGAUGUUUGCUGAGUUCCAGGACAAAAUGGCCGCAGGCAAUGGCAUCCCCUAUUCACUCUCGGUACCUGUCCCUGUAGAUGAAUCGAGUGUCUCUUUAGACAGCAAACCUGUCCUUGUAACAGGGACCCCCUCCAUAGGGCUACCUCAGAAUCUCUCUUCAGGGACUAACCCCAAGGACCUCAUGGGUGGUCCGUUGCCCAGUGACCUGCAGCCUGGGCCUUCUCUGGAAAGUGAGGGUGGACUCACACUACCUGGGGUGGGGCCAAACCAUAAUUCCCCAAGGGUUAGUGGCUUCCAUGGGAGAGGGACCCCCGAGCCAGGGUCAGAGACCCUGAAAUUGCAGCAGCUGGUGGAGAACAUUGACAAAGCCACCACCGACCCCAACGAAUGUGUUGUUUGCCACCGAGUCUUAAGCUGCCAAAGCUCCCUCAAAAUGCAUUACCGCACCCACACAGGGGAGAGACCGUUCCCGUGUAAGAUCUGUGGCCGUGCUUUUUCUACCAAAGGGAACCUGAAGACGCACCUCGGGGUUCACCGAACCAACACGUCCAUAAAGACGCAGCAUUCGUGUCCCAUCUGCCAGAAGAAGUUUACCAAUGCAGUCAUGCUGCAGCAGCAUAUCCGGAUGCACAUGGGUGGUCAGAUCCCCAACACGCCCCUGCCGGAGAAUCCCUGUGACUUUACGGGCCCUGAGCCAAUGACGGUCGGUGAGAAUGGCAGUAGAGGUGCCAUCUGCCAUGAGGAUGUUGUGGAAAGCAUCGAUGUUGACGAGAUCAGCUCCCAGGAUGCCCCCAGUAGCUCCUCAAAGGUCCCUGCACCUCCUCCCAGGAUCCUCUCAGCAUCGCCCACUCUAGGGUUCCCCAUGAUGACUUCCCUAGAUGUCCCAGGAAAAAUGGGUCUUGCUACUUCUGGUCUGCAGCAGCAGAGCAGCCGAGAAAAUGGUUCAGUGGAGAGCGACGGCCUGACCAACGACUCAUCCUCACUGAUGGGAGACCAGGAGUAUCAGAGCCGAAGUCCAGAUGCCGUGGAAACCACGUCCUUCCAGGCACUCUCCCCGGCCAAUAGCCAAGCAGAAAGCAUCAAGUCAAAGUCUCCCGAAGCCAGGGGCAAAGCAGAGAGCUCCGAGAACAGCCGCACUGAGAUGGAAGGUCGGAGCAGUCUCCCAUCUACAUUUAUCCGAGCCCAGCCAACGUAUGUCAAAGUUGAAGUUCCUGGUACAUUCCUUGGACCCUCGGCCAUGUCCCCUGGCAUGACACCUUUGUUAGCAGCCCAGCCUCGCAGACAGGCCAAGCAGCACGGCUGCACGCGGUGUGGGAAGAACUUCUCGUCUGCUAGUGCCCUUCAGAUUCACGAGCGGACUCACACCGGAGAGAAGCCUUUUGUGUGCAAUAUAUGUGGGCGAGCUUUUACCACCAAGGGCAACUUGAAGGUUCACUAUAUGACGCACGGGGCGAAUAACAACUCAGCUCGCCGUGGGAGGAAGCUGGCCAUCGAGAACACCAUGGCACUGUUAGGUACGGACGGCAAGAGAGUCUCAGAAAUGUUUCCCAAGGAAAUCCUGGCCCCUUCGGUGAACAUGGACCCUGUUGUGUGGAACCAGUACACCAGCAUGCUCAAUGGCGGUCUGGCCAUGAAGACAAAUGAAAUUUCUGUGAUCCAGAGCGGUGGUAUCCCACCCCUCCCGGUUUCCCUGGGCGCCAGCUCUGUUGUGAGUAAUGCCACUGUCUCCAAGAUGGAUGGCUCCCAGUCAGGUCUCAGUGCUGAUGGGGAGAAACCAGGUGCUACUGACAGUGUCCCCAAACACCAGUUCCCCCACUUCCUGGAAGAAAACAAGAUUGCGGUCAGCUAA